UCUGCGCUCUGUGGUGCGUGCGCGCCCGCGCGGCGUGUUAAGUUUCGUCUCCUGUUUUUGCGCGGCCUGGUCUGAAGAAAUCGCCGGACCGGGUUGUAUGAAGUCCGAUGUUUCGAUUUCAGUCUCUGGAGGAAGACUGCCCCCUAGAGGAGGAAAGGGAGGCGCUACACGUCUUAGUCGAUGAAGACGAUGAUAUCGACCAGUUUAAUGAUGAUACGUUUGGAUCGGGAGCCAUCGAUGGGGACUGGAGAGAAGAACACGACCGAUUGGCCGAGCUGGAUGAGAAGGUGGGCGGGACUUCCCCUCUGCAGGCCCCUCCUCCUCCUGCUGCUCCUCCCGCCCCCAGCUCGUUACCCCAUCUCUACUCGACGGGUCUGGGGGAGACAGGAACCCUCAGAGAGCUGGACAGUCUGCUGCUGGGAGGGGAUGAGAACCUGGCCCACAGUCUGAGCAAGCUGGUGUUGAGCGCAGAGCCAGAUUACAGGGAACUGGAGGAUCCCGCGAUCAUGAGAGCUGGGCUGCAGCAGCACAAGAGGGCGCCCCUGCAGCCCAGAUCCCAGUUGAACUCUGGCAGUAUUUGGGACAACGCGAUGGGACUGGGAGGAAUGAGCAUUCCCAAACUGUCGCAGGUCCAGGACAGCCCCCUCAUGUCAAUCAUCAAAGAAGUGGGGCUUCCCAAGAGGCCACCAAUGGGACGGGACGAGGGGAGGGACUUGUCUGAGCGAGCCCCGCCCCCGCGCUCCACCUCGCCCGUGAUUGGCAGCCCGCCGGUGAGGGCGGUACCCAUCGGGACUCCGCCCAAGUAUCCGAUUGGUCACAAUCUCAACCAGCAGGUUCUCUGUCCGACACCUGUGCACGUCAGAGCAUCUAUGCAACAAAGAUUUUCUAGUGCUUUCAAUGACCGCAUGUCUCCUAAUCAGCUUCUCAACAUUGCGAAUUCCCAGCUCCGUGGCCACGCCUUCCCUCCGGGCGUCGGCCCUGUCCUCACCCAGCUACAGCGAGCGCAGAUGAUUGGAGCAGGCCAGCCUGCCCGUUUGUCUCCCAGUCACUUCUCCCUCAACCCCGCGCUGCUGCAAGGCAGGAUGGGAGCGAUGAUGUCACCGGCGGUGCGGAGCGCCGGGUUCCGGCCCUUCUUCAGCCCCUCCCAGGGACCCCCGGUCCGCCCGGGACACAACGCGAGGGCCCCCCAGCAGCACGGCGCGAUGAGGGGGGACACCACACACCUGCACCCGCAACACCGACGCCUGCUGACCCAGAGAAUGCAGCAGCAGACCGGGAGGGGUCAGAACGGAGCUGGGGGGGACAGGCCGCAGCGGCUCGGGGGGUCCCAGGACAGGCGUCGGGACCCCUACAGCAAUCUGAUGACGUCGAGGGAGAAGGAGUGGGUGUCCCGCAUUCAGAUGAUGCAGCUGCAGAGCACAGACCCCUACCUGGAUGACUAUUACUACCAGGUACUGCCUCCCUGCGUUAGCCUUUCAUUCACGGGUCUGGUUACCCCUUUUCUUUAUCCGCUGGAACCACCAAGCCUAAUAAACCACCAUCUGUUUUUUUUGUUUUCAGAAUUAUUUGAGAAGUUAGAGAAGCGUCCUUCUCCAAUGGACUCCAACGGAGAUGCUCACAAGAGAGAACACACGAAACUCAUCACACCCCAAGUGGCUAAACUGGAGCACGCAUACCGACCAGUGCAGUUUGCAGGGUCUCUAGGAAAGCUCACCGUCUCCAGCGUGAAUAACCCACGGAAGAUGAUUGACACCGUGGUCAUGACGACGCGCUCCGACGAUGAGGAGAAGAAAGAGAAACAAGUCUGGAACAAACGGAGACAGAUUCUGUACACGGUGGAGAAGACGUACAGUCUGCUGCUGGAUAUUCAAGACUUUGAGAGGAAGUACCUCCAGACUCCGGAGGAAGAGAGGGGGGCGUUGCUGGAGGAGCGCCGCUCCAAAGUGGGGGAGAUGUUCGAGAAUCUGCGAGGGAGGCAGACCGACGCCGACAGAAACAGAUUCUCGGACGAUCACUUCCUUCAGAUCAUGCGGGUCCGGAAAGGGAAGCUGCUGGUCUCCAGACUCCUCCCCUUCCUGAGCAUGGAGCACGCUGUUGCGGUCGUCAUGGCGACGGCCCGGAACCUGCCCUACAUCGCCAAGAAAGACGCGCAGGACGAG